AUGAAUAAUAACAACAAUCAUCGCUACGCCUCGAGGUCAGCUUCCCGGCGCCGUUCACGCAGCAGUGGAAGAGAUCACAUCAACACUUUUGAAAUCGUAAAACUGAUCAAUUCUACUGAAGCAGGCAGGCUAGAUUUGGGAACUUUGAGAAAUUUUUUGUUCAGAGAUGUUGACCCCAGGAGCAAUGCUAAAUUUCAGGUCAUAUGGAGGCAUUUGUUACAGAACAAAGAGAAUUUUAUUUUGAGUGAUCAGUUGAAGGAUGCGAAAGCGCUCAGUGGGAAUGAAACUGUUUGGGUUCGUACUGUGCUCACCUUAUGUGAAACACACUGCAGACGAGGCAAGGAUGGUCGCAAUAGAGCCUGUGAUGGUGACUGUGGGGCCCUUCAUGUCUGCCGCACUUUUCUUUUAUGCUCAAAAGAUGCAUGUCCUUUUAAUAGCAAAAAGAAAUGCAUGUUUGGGCACAGCUUCGCCACCGAUCAUAAUACAGAGCUUCUGAAAGCUCACAACCUGUAUGGUCUAAGUGAUGCAGAGCUACAAAAACUCUUUCGCCGACGCCCAUCACGAUCGGCAAACACGCUGCCACAAGUGUGCAUAUAUUAUAAUAAAGCUGAUGGAAAGAAAUGUUCAAAAGAAAAAUGCAAGUCGCUACAUCUGUGCUCAGAUUUUAUUCAGCAAUGUUGCGAAGGCGAUUGUUCACGAAAUCACCGGUUUUCAGCACCACAGGUUCAGCGUGUGCUUGAUCUCUAUGCCUUUGACGCUUCAUGGAGCGGUGAAAUGUUGCUGGAAGAUCUUCGGCAUUUUAUGACCGCCA